GCAACUUGAAGAUUGGGACCCAGAUUUGAUAGAAGCUGACAUCAGCAAUGCCAGAGGCCCGGCCGGCUGCUGCCACCGACCAUAGCGAAGAAGCUCAUUUACACACGCCAAAACCCUUCUUAAGUCUUACUCUCCACGUUUUGGACUGAAAAGAUCAAAGCUUGGAAUCCAUGUCACUACAUUGAAGUAUCCGCACAGGUGAAAAAGUUGGAAGUGGGCUGCAUAGAUCAGGGGCUUUGAGGAGGAAAUUUUUUAUUGUUCAACUCUUUAGGAGAGCUACUCCAUUGAAAAGAUUCUUCCUUUUUUGAUUGUGGUGGCUAUUGAAUAGUGUUGAUUUUUAAAGAGUCUAGUUGAGCAGAGGAUAUUUGCAAAAGGAAUAAGAAAAUGGUUGGGGCUGCUGAUGGUGUGAUUCAUAAUGAGUAUUCAAAUGGAUUGGUACAUAAUUCAAAUGGUUUAAUUGAAGAGAAGAUUGAUGAGAUCCGUAGGCUUUUGGGCAAAGCUGAAGGUGAUCCCCUGAAGAUAGUUGGUGUAGGUGCUGGUGCUUGGGGUAGCGUCUUUAUUGCCAUGUUGCAGGAUUGUUAUGGUCAUCUAAGAGAAAAGGUUUUGAUAAGAAUUUGGAGAAGACCUGGAAGAGCAGUUGAUAAAGCCACAGCUGAACAUUUAUUUGAAAUAAUCAACUCGAGAGAAGAUGUGCUCAGGAGACUAAUCAGACGCUGUGCUUAUUUGAAAUAUGUGGAGGCAAGACUAGGUGAUCGAACGCUCUAUGCUGAUGAGAUAUUGAAAGAUGGAUUUUGUGUAAAUAUGAUUGACACCCCUCUUUGCCCCUUGAAGGUUGUCACUAACUUGCAGGAGGCUGUGUGGGAUGCUGAUAUUUUGGUAAAUGGAUUGCCCUCAACAGAAACUCGUGAAGUGUUUGAAGAGAUUAGCAAGUAUUGGAAAGAGAGAAUAGCAAUGCCAGUUAUCAUUUCUCUGUCUAAAGGUGUAGAGGCUGAACUGGAGCUUGAGCCACGGAUUAUUACUCCUACACAAAUGAUCAAUCGAGCUACUGGAGUUCCAAUCGAAAACAUUCUCUAUCUCGGAGGACCUAAUAUUGCCUCAGAAAUAUACAACAAGGAAUAUGCUAAUGCUCGGAUAUGUGGAGCAGAAAAAUGGAGAAAACCAUUGGCUACAUUUUUGAGACAACCCCAUUUUAUAGUGUGGGACAAUGGUGAUCUAGUUACGCAUGAAGUAAUGGGUGGUUUAAAAAACGUCUAUGCCAUUGGAGCUGGAAUGGUGGCUGCUCUAACAAAUGAAAGUGCCACCAGCAAAUCAGUGUAUUUUGCACACUGCACAUCUGAAAUGAUAUUCAUCACACAUCUUUUGGCAGAAGAACCAGAGAAACUUGCAGGGCCUUUGCUUGCUGAUACUUACGUGACCUUGUUGAAGGGUCGUAAUGCAUGGUAUGGACAAAAGUUAGCCAAAAAGGAGUUGAGCCUUGAAAUGGGUGAUAGCAUCAAGGGCAAGGGUAUGAUUCAGGGCGUCUCUGCUGUGAAAGCAUUUUUUGAGUUGCUAAGCCAUUCAUCCUUGAGUGUUUUACACCCCGAAGAAAACAAGCACGUUGCUCCGGUUGAGCUCUGUCCUAUACUGAAAAUGCUCUAUAAAAUUCUUAUUAAAAGGGAAUUUUCAUCACAAGCUAUUCUUCAAACAUUAAGAGACGAAACGAUGAAUGAUCCGAGAGAUCGUAUCCAGAUUGCUCAAACUCAUGUGUUCUACAGGCCAUCACUUCUUGGCCAACCUUGAUAUCAAUUACAAUUUUCACCUCAAGAACAAAUUUAAUUUUAAGCAGCUAUGUACCAUUUUAGUUUAGGUUCAAAUUUGAUAUAUACAUGCUAGUUUGUGAGGAGUAUGAAACGCUCCUGUUCAUGAAUUAUAUAUUUUUUCCAUCUUAAAUUUUGAGUUGAUAAAAAUGAGUGUAUUAUAUUAUUUUGUUUUUGAACAUUUGGUUAAUAAAAUUGUUCUUUUCAUACAA